GUAAACAGCGACCGAGUCGAGCAGAAGCUCAAGCCGGAGUCGUAUGUUCCCAUCCAGAACGCUUUCUCACAAUCGGAGCUUACCGCCCGCCGUCUGAAUGUCUUCUCGAUGCUCGUGCCAGACAAGAUGCACGAGUUCGAUCUUGGCGUGUGGAAGGCCCUCCUCGUCCACAUUGUCCGCAUCCUGGAGACGUUACCUGCUAACAAGGUCAGGGAGUUUAAUUCACGCUUUCGUCAAAUGCCAACUUUUGGCCGCGACAAGAUCAGACGCUUUGCCCGGAAUGUCUCUGAGCUCUCCCGCAUGGCUGCGCGCGAUUACGAGGACAUUCUACUUUGCAUCAUCCCCUGCCUCGAAGGCCUCCUCCCCACCGAGGACGAGAAGUCUAUCCUGGACCUGCUAUACAUCAUGAACUAUUGGAAUGCUCUCGCGUCGCUCCGCGUGCACACUUCCUCGACUGUUCGUAUUCUCGAUGAUUUGACGACCGAGCUUGGCAAAGCGCUCCGUUACUUCGCUGAUGUCACUUGCUCCCAUUUCGAGACGCGGGAGACCGAGAAGGAGCUUGGGAAGCGCAAGCGCGCAGAGGCGCGACGUGCUGCUACGGCAACAGCCAGUGGCGUAGCUGGAGAAUCAUUGGCUCCAGCAACGGCCUCGCGGGGCAGGCGCCCGAAGACCUUCAGCCUCGGCAUGAUCAAGCUGCACUUUCUUGGCGACUACACAGAGGCUAUACGUCAGUACGGGUCAUUGGAACAUUUCAGUACUAAAACAGGGGAACUGGAGCACCGUGUCGUGAAGAAGAGACGCGCGCGCACAGGCAACGUGAAUUUUGUGCCUCAGCUGGUCAAGGCAGAGACACGCGAGCGCGUACACGACAGGAUGCACGAGGAAUUGAGCGCACUCUCGGAGAAGGGCACGGACGACUCUAUCCGCAAGUCGACGGGGGCUACAGUCGGCUCCGAUCCGGGCGUUGAUACCAAGGAUCUGCGCGAGCAUCACCACAUCGCAGCAGACGAGUCGGGAGAGCGUCUCUAUCUCGCGUCGUGGCUGACUGCCAAUGGCAAGGAUCCCGCAUUUCAGUCCUUUAUGCGCAAGCUAAGGGAGCAUCUACUCGCACGACUCGAAAACUACAAUCACGCCAGCGAUCCUCCAGCAUAUAACGACCUUCAGCUCGCUCAGGUUGUCAUACAGAAUGAUCGCGUCUUCCCGCAUGCCACACUCGCUGUCAACUACACGACGUAUGACAUUCGGCGCGACCAGGACCUCAUUCAUGUACCAGCGGUAUCCGGUCGGCCGCCUGACGACGACUUUCUCGGCCACCGCGACGUCAUGGUAUACAACACCUCCGAUAUUCGACCCCAUCCCUUCGCAUAUGCUCGGGUCUUGAAGGUUUUCCAUGCUCGCAUUUCCCACCCUACCCUCUCACCGGAGCCCCGCCGCGUGGAAUUCCUCUGGGUGCGCUGGUUUUCGUUGAUUGACCACGGACAGAGUGGUCCAACGAAGAUGCGACUAGAGCGAUUACAAUAUCUUGAUGGGCCUUCGGCUUUUGGCUUCGUUGAUCCCAGCGAAGUUAUUCGAGGAUGUCACCUUAUGCCUGUGUUUCACCGUGGCCGCACGCGUGAAUUACUUGGUCCUUCACUGUACAGGGACUCUUCGGAGGGUGACUGGGCGAGCUAUUAUGUUGGAAGAUUUGUGGACCGUGACAUGAUGAUGCGCUACCUCGGCGUAGGUAUUGGCCAUCUCAAUCCCCCGACCUUUCCACAUGAGCUGAAUGCAAAUAUCACUGUGGAUGACUCGCCUGGCUGCGUGGAUAGGGCAGAAGAAGAGCAUGAGCUCGACUCCUUGUGUAGUGUAGAUUCGGAUCAACCUGUAGAUACAGAUGACGAGCAAUGAAGUUGUCUUG